UCUUGCACGCGCGCAGAUUCGUCCGUUCCGGUGCCCGCGCGCACACCCGCUUUACGUUGGCGUGACGUCACGAGCGGCAACAGCAACGGCAGUCCGGUGAGUGAACCGCUCCGCGUCCUCGCGCUCUUCACUGCGAACACCGCACCGACUGUGGGCUAAAUGUGCAUUUAAGGACACAUCUCCCAUCUCUCCAUCUUUUUUUCCCCCUCUCCUCUCUUUUGGAUGUCAUUACGAUGGGAUUACUUGAUGCUCUUAGAGAUUUCAGUUUACUGACAUGGCUGAGGGAAGAGAGACAGUCCAGGAAGCUGAUCCUGUUCAUCGUUUUUAUUGCUUUGCUAUUGGAUAACAUGCUGUUGACGGUGGUGGUACCCAUCAUCCCCAGCUACCUGUAUACGGUGGACGAUGAGGCUUCCACGGCAGUCAGGAACCACUCAGUCUCCUCUCAGUCUCCGUCUGGAACCUUCCAGACCAUCGUCUCUCUUUACGAUAACUCCACUCGCCUGACCAACCUCAUCCCGCAGGUCAGCACACCAGGCGUGACCUUGCCCCCGACUCUGACCCCAGCUCCCAAUGCCUCUGACUGCCCCAAAGCUGACAAGCAGCUCCUGAACGAGAACGUAAAAGUGGGGCUCCUGUUUGCCUCAAAGGCCACCGUGCAGCUCAUCACCAACCCAAUCAUAGGACCUCUCACCAACAAAAUAGGCUACCAGAUCCCAAUGUUCGCCGGAUUCUGCAUCAUGUUCCUUUCAACAAUCAUGUUUGCCUUCUCGUCGAGCUACGGGCUGCUGUUCCUGGCCAGGUCCUUGCAGGGAGUCGGCUCGUCUUGCUCCUCUGUGGCAGGUAUGGGAAUGCUGGCAAGUGUGUAUACAGAUGAUGAGGAGAGAGGAAAUGCAAUCGGCAUAGCACUGGGAGGACUUGCCAUGGGAGUACUUGUUGGCCCACCAUUUGGCAGCGUGAUGUAUGAGUUUGUGGGGAAAACGGCUCCUUUCCUGGUCCUGGCUGUUCUAGCAGUGCUAGACGGAGCCCUGCAGUUGUUUGUGCUUCAGCCUUCUAAAGUUGAACCAGAGAGUCAAAAGGGCACGUCGCUGAUGGGCCUCAUGAGAGAUCCUUAUAUCCUCAUUGCAGCAGGAUCUAUUUGCUUCGCUAACAUGGCCAUCGCAAUGCUGGAGCCCGCCCUGCCAAUCUGGAUGAUGGAAACUAUGUGUUCCAGAAAAUGGCAGCUAGGAGUCGCCUUUUUGCCAGCCAGCAUCUCUUACCUGAUCGGGACGAAUAUCUUCGCUGUUCUGGCUAACAAAAUGGGGAGAUGGCUGUGUUCUCUUAUAGGAAUGCUGCUGGUUGGGAUCAGCAUCAUCUGUGUGCCUUUUGCGAAAGACAUCUACGGACUCAUACUGCCAAACUUUGGGGUUGGUUUUGCGAUCGGCAUGGUGGACUCUUCUAUGAUGCCAAUCAUGGGCUACUUGGUGGAUCUGAGACAUGUCUCUGUAUACGGGAGUGUGUACGCCAUCGCUGAUGUGGCCUUCUGCAUGGGCUUUGCGUUCGGCCCAUCAGCCGGUGGAGCUAUCGCACGCAGUAUUGGCUUCCCGUGGCUCAUGACCAUCAUCGGCGUGGUGGACAUCCUGUUCGCUCCACUUUGCUUUUUCCUCCGCAACCCUCCAGCCAACGAGGAGAAAAUGGCCAUCCUGAUGGAUGUCAAUUGUUCGAUGAAGACACGUUCCUACUCCACCCAGGGCUCCAGCUAUCAGAUGGGAGACGACAUGGACUUGGACAGUCCAGAGUAGACGCCUUUACCCUCUCUCAGACCUAUAGCUUUGAACCCAUGACCCCUAGCCGUGUAUGUGCCCUUCUAGAGUAUAUUUUGCUGUAUUAAAAGGAAAAAUAGGGACUUUUAACAGAACCACGUGGCUGAUUUUGCGAGGCUACAUCCCUGACACUUAGUGUUGUUUGUUCUGCUGAAACCAAAGCUGUUGUCAUUGUCCUUUAAAAUUAGGGUGAAAGUGGCACGUCGAAUCAAACCAACAGCCUUAGUUACACGCUCAGUCGGGCCAUUCAUUCAGAAACAGGGUGUUUAAAGCCACCAGCAAGGAUACGACAAGGCACUUUUGUUCAUAUCAGGGGUGGGAUGAAAUGCAGAAUGCUGAGAGAUGGAAAUACGGGGAGAUUUUAAAGGGGGGGGGGGGGGGUUAUAAUUUUUAAAGAACAAACAUCAGAAAAAUCAGAGUAAACAAUAUUUCCACAUCGUUUUCAUCGAUCAGUUCACGCAAAUCAUUUGAUAGAAUAUUAGGAUCUUCUACAAUUACACUAUAUGAUAUGAGAUUAGCAUGACUUUUAUUUACGUCACACGUUGAUGUUCUUCAGUUUACAAAGAUAACUCAUUUAAAAUACACCACACUGCCAUUAUAACUGCUAUUUGACAGGUCUUCACAUCGUUAACUGAGACACUUGGUUAUUUGGUUGUAAAUCCCUGAUCGUGGCUUUAAAAACGCGAUAUAACUGCUUAACACUUAAAAAGUCAAAGAUGAAGAGGCUAGUUUGAAAAUCUCCAAUAGGACUCUCAUGUUGAACAACACACUAUAUGGAGACAACACAGCUACACAUAGCACAAAGUGGUUCAUUUCUAGAAGUUUUGUGGGGUUGUUUUCUUUUUGAGGGAGGGGAUGUCGCACGAGGAAAUUGAAUUCAUUUGCGGUGCGGCUAAAACGAAUCAUAUUUUACCUCGAAAUGGCCUUAAAGUUUCCUUUAUUAUAACGAGGGGUGACUGUUCUACAAAGACCACGGGUCAGAUAUAAUUUUCUAAUACGUCAUGCUGAAACGGGAGCAUAAAUCCAGUAAAGUGUGGAGAGAGAGAGAGAGAGAGAGAGAGAGAGAGAGAAAUAUAUCCGUAGUCAAACUGAAGUUCAUUUGAUGUUUACAAUUCGGUGUUGCCUCCAAGCUGAACGUGUUUGUGGGCACGUCACAUGUUCCUGUUUCAUAUUCAGGCCUCGUUCAUACCGUACAUGAACGAGCGAUGACUUAAAGAUGUCGAUGUCGUAUUAUUUAUUCUCGUGUAACAAUAACAACAAAUAGAGAUUUAUUCAGUGAAUCAUUUAGAUACUAAAAUGACACAGGCACAGUAUAGCUCCUCAUUCUGAAUAUGAGUUGUGUUUGUAAGCACGUGUGUGAAUUCUUCAGGUGUGAAUUCCAUCAUGUCCAAUAGAUGAUGUAUUAUCCAGUUACGAGAGAUCAUUUCACUCGCUUUUAGUUCCAAGUCCAACAAUAAACACACUGCUGUAGAGGAUCUUGUUAUAGUGCCUCAGUUUAAUUAGGGUAUAUUCUGAUUUCUACAGUGUAUAUAGUAUAUAUCUAUAUUUUAGUAAGCACAUGUGAAAAUGGUUAUGAAGAUGUCUACUGUUUAGUCGUGCUAUUUUUCUUGUUUGGUUUCUUUAAAAUGUCUGCUGGGUUUUUUUUGUUUGUUUUGUUUGUGUGUUUGUUUGUUUUGCCAAAUAGGCACCUUAUAUUGCGGUUCAUACUGUAUAUGGUCAUAAAAACCAUAUCACAGUUAUUUUAAAUCCUCAUCUUCUAAACUGUAGCUGUUCCAUUAUUCCAUGUUUGCUUUCUGAUUUUGUGACGGAAGGAGCUGUAAAGCAAGAGGUCUGGAAAAGCCGAAUCUGCGAUACGGUUACGCCUCUAAAGAGCCCAUCUAACAUGGGUUAAUCAGAUCUGUAGUGUGAUGAAGCACGCGGUGUUAAAGCUGUGUGCGUGCAGGUCCACCAUACACACUGGCAAUUCAAGCUAAUGCGAAAACGCAGUUAAAUCAUACUGUAGAAUGUUAUUCUAACAGAUCUAAGACAUGGCAUGAAUUGAGCUGACCCUGGGACACUUCUGUAUAAAAUGUUAUGUAUCAUUUUUAAGCAAAUUUCAGAUUAACCCCGUCCCCUUUCCAAAAUCUAUUUAAGAAUUAUUCUCCAUUUUCACAUUAGCUACCGUAUGCGGUACGUUUCCAUUCAGAUUUUUCCCUUUGCACAAAAAGAUCAGCAUCUCAAAUCAUCUCGUAUUAAAAUACUAACCAGGAUGAGCUGGCUAUGGCGUACAGAGCUAUCAAACUAGCAAGAUGCAUCAAUGUAGUGGUAUAAUCCCCUCAGAAGCGUAAAUAUCCAUGAAAGUCUACUCAAUCUGCUCAGAGCCACCCUGUUGAUUUCCCAUCAGACCUGGGAUUUACUUGCACAAACAAUAGGACUCUUUUAUAGCUCUGGAGGGGUCGUUUAUGAGGGAAUUGGGCCUGCACAUGCAGGAUCUAAGUACACUCCAAAAACCAGGAAAUAUACAACAUCGAGAAUACCACGAGUUCCUGCGUACAGUGUAUUUCAGGGGAUUGUAUUUGUUUCCUGUCUCGCCCAGGUAGUCAGUACAGUAUCUUUAAUCUUACUGAAUCAGCAUUAAAAACUUAGUAAUGUUAGUAAUUUGGGGGUUUAAAUUACAUGCUAAUCUUAUAUUAUUAGCAUAUUGGGGCAGUCAAACAUGCAGCACGUAAGCUACUUAGUGAGUUUCAACAAAGGAAAGGAAACCAAGGCCUUAUCUGAACCUUAUAUAGAACCAGAUUCUGGUGAUUAUAGUCAAGUGAUUAUAGUGUUCACAAACAUACAGUAUCAUAGAGCUCCACCAUAACAUUCCCAUUUAAUAAGGAUCCAAACUCAUGUCAUUUCUUUUCUUGUUCUGAGACGUGUCGCGUGCUUGAGAUCACGUGUGUAUGUGCCAAUGUCAGUGUGUGCCUUUAUUCAUGUGUCUUCUGUAUGUGUGUGUGUGUGUGUGUGUGCGUGUGUGUAAAGUAUCUCCUCGAGGCCAUGAGAGGACAGUUUUGUAUCCUGUAGAAGCCCUGUAGUCAGGAUUCAAGUCAUAUGACUAACACUAUGGGGUGUAUGUACGUAGUUGUUGGAACUACAGCCAAAAAUAAAGAAAUAAAUGUUGGAUAUUAAGUACAUUUGUGCAAGUGUGUUUGAAUACAUUCUUUUCACUGGU